GAAUUGUCUUCUGAUUUUCCACUUACAAAAAUUCACCUCUUUCUCACGCGCAUUUCCACCAAUCACAAUCUCACAGUCCCCCAACUCCCAAUCGAACAGACACGUGACUGACACGUUCUAGCCCUUCACGUCAACCCCCGCUGAAAUCUCGAUUUCCUCUUUUGAUUGCAGCCUCAAAUUGAACUUGACCAUCUUUUCCCCCAUUUAUUUAAUUAUUUCUCUCUUUAAAAUUCCUUCAAUUUCAUUUCAUUCUCUCUAACUCAACUCAACGAUUUUUCACGAUUCGGGCGAAAUCUUCUUCCCCUGUUUCGCCUUUUGUUUUGACGUGAAUUUUUCACAGUAAUAUCUUCAAAUCCAGCUCUAAAUCUUGUUGGGUCUUUAAAUUUUGUUUCUUCAAUUCGUUUAUUUGACCAAAAAUUUUUUCAAAACGCAACGAAAAUUGCUCAUUUUGGUCUGAUUAUGAAGCCGAUUCAAUCACCACCGUCUGCGACGGGAGCACCGUCUUCGUCCUCGGGAUUUUCGGAUAAUGGGCGAAUUCCGCGGCGGCGGCGGGACCUAACCAUACCAAUACCUCAACGGGACACGGCUCGCGCGGUGCCGCUUCCUCUUCCGCCUAACUCAGCUCCGUCAACGAGUCAGAACAACAACAUAGCGAUGAGUUUGAAUGAACUCGAACGACUCAACCGAGUCGGGAGUGGAUGUGGAGGUACUGUUUACAAAGUCGUUCACCGGCCGACCUCGCGCGUGUUCGCUCUCAAAGUGAUCUAUGGCUACCACGAAGAGGCCUUUCGCCGUCAGAUCUUGCGGGAGAUUGAGAUCCUUCGCGACGUCGAUCACCCCAACGUGGUCAAGUGCCACGACAUGUUCGAUCACAACGGCGAAAUCCAGGUCCUUUUAGAGUUCAUGGACCGCGGCUCUCUAGAAGGCUCACGAAUUGUAGACGAACACAUACUUUCAGAUCUCGCUAAACAAGUCCUAAGUGGAUUAUCGUAUUUACAUCGACGUCACAUUGUUCAUCGGGACAUAAAACCUUCGAAUUUGUUGAUAAAUUCAAGAAAUGUUGUGAAAAUUGCCGAUUUUGGGGUGAGUAGAAUCUUGGAACAAACGAUGGAUCCGUGUAAUUCUUCAGUGGGGACAAUAGCCUACAUGAGUCCAGAGAGGAUCAAUACGGAUUUGAAUCAGGGGAAGUACGAUGCAUACGCCGGAGAUAUAUGGAGUUUGGGGGUUAGUAUAUUGGAGUUCUAUUUGGGAAGGUUUCCAUUUUCAGUGGGGCGGCAAGGGGAUUGGGCGAGUUUGAUGAUGGCAAUAUGUAUGUCUCAACCGCCGGAGGCGCCUCCAACGGCGUCCAGGGACUUUAGGAAUUUUAUAGCGUGUUGUUUACAGAGGGAUCCUCAUAGGCGGUGGACGGCCGCGCAGUUGUUGCUGCAUCCAUUUAUAUUGAGAGGAGGAGGGCAGAAUCAGAAUCUUCAUCAACUGUUGCCUCCACCUCGCCCACUCUCUUCUUAGUAGUUUUACUUAAUUUUCAAGAAUGGAUGGAUGAUUUUGGUUUCUUUAUCUUAAUCUUGUUUGGUAUGAUGGGAUGAGGUGGGAUUUGUUUUGUAGGGGAGUUUAGAUAAUUGGGGUUAUGGAAUUAAUGGAGGAGCUUCAAAUAUGGAUAUUGGAUGAAUGAUGAUGAUGAUGAAUAUCAACUUUCAAUCAAAUUAAUCAGUGAAUAAAUGAAUCAAUCUUGUCCCUUCAUAAAUAUCUUACCAGAAAAAGGAAUUACUGUUGAACUUGGCCAA